AUGAUUUUAAGCAUUUAUGAAAAUUACUGUUGUACAAACACAAGAUUUAGUAAAAGAGUCGUCUCCCUUAAUCCCAGUCCCCCUGAAAUUAAUGUUUCUUUGUUACAGGAUGGAGAAAAAUGUCAUUUUGCUUCCUUGUCAGAAGAGCAUGAUAAGAAAGUUGCUGAAAUAAAACGUCAGUUUGAAGACAAAAUUAAAGUUUUACAAGCAGAAGUUAAACAGAACCAAGUGUUUAAAGAUUGUGGACAGAAAGAGACAAAGUCACUUAAAGACGAUAUAAGAAGCUUACAGAUAACAAAUUACAAUUUGGAGAAGAAAUUAAAAGAACAGGGGAGAAAACUCCAGCUACAAACUUCAUCAACAAGUCAGCAUCUGAAACAACUGUCAUCUGCUGAGGAAAAAUUUCAGACUAUUUCAACCUACUACAAGAAAAUCUCAGAAAGUCAAGACAGAUUGUCCAGGAAUGUUAAAGAAGCUGUGAAACUAAACAGAGAUUUAAUGUACACAAAUGAACACCAGAAAUGUAUCAUAGAACAACAUAAAAGGGAGAUUACUCAACUCAAUGGUCAGAUUCUGGAUACAAAGGUCAAGGUUGAAUCCAAACCUUUAGAUUACAGUAGAAUUGAGCAAGAACAAGAAUUGUUAAAUCUUAAACAGCAAUUAGAAAUUGAGAGAAAAGAUCAUACAGAGACAGAAAGGGAACUUAACAAGUCCACUACUAAUUAUAAGGAAGAAGACUUGAAAUCCAGAAUUACCAAGCUUACAGAAGAACUGGAGACAGAGAAAUCAAACAAGUCUGAGUUAGAGCAGCUUAAUACAACAUGGUCAGAACAGAACUUCAGGCUGUCAGAGGAAUUGAAUGCAGCAAAGGCCAUAUUGGAGGUUCCCAAGGAAGAUGGAGAGUACCAGACAGAUCUAUGCAUGUUAAACAUGAAGGAUUCUCAAUGUCAGAUACAACCAGAGUUAUCUAACUUUGGUAACCAGACAGAACAGCCAAGACGUUACCAUAUCUCCUUGCAGACAGAUCCAACACCAUGUUCUGAUGUCUCAUCUCAGACUUAUGCUCCAGCUAUGACUGUUUCUGCAACACAAACACGAGAACCAUCAUUGAUUAACAGAUCUGCUCAAACAGAGGUUGAAGAUGGAGAUGAGGAUCUUUGUCUUGAAAUAAAAAAAGAAUUAAUUUUUACAAAAACACAACCAGAAUCACAAAUUUACAAAGAAAGGGAGAUAACUCUGACAGGAAUAUCAGAUUCAGUUGAUCAAAGGGAGAUUUCUCCUGUAGUUUACGAAACCAUGAAACCUUUAAAUGGAAUGGAAGAAUCUUUGUCCGGUGACAAUGCAAUGAAUAAAAAAGUCAGUGAUAUAAGUACAAAUCUUUGCUCCAUAAUUCCAGAAAUGCAGCAAUCAAAUGCAUCAUAUAGUCAUAAUACUCCACUGAAAGAUCCAUCAUUCAGCUCAGAUAGAACAGAAACAGGGGGUAAAUCAUGUUUUCAAACAGAGUAUUUAGUGUCAUCUAAAAAUAAUAAAUCAGUGGAAAAGCCACAGGAAAAGCCACAGGAAAAUGAGUUUGGAGAGAAGGGAGAUAAUCAAGACAUAAAAAGUAUGUAUAGGGCAUUCUCUUUAAACAAAGAAUUUUUAAAACUAUAUGAAACAGAGAAAGACAACUUAAUUGAACCAAGGCAAAAUUUGCAUAGAGAGGACGAAAGAAAGAAUUAUAAAGAAACAAGCACAGAUGGUCAUGUGUCUGAAAAUGUUCAAGAGAAAGAAAAAAUAAGGACUAUUUCAGGAUCAACAAAUGUGUCCAAAGAUGAAAGUGAUGAAGAUGAUUUUGUUGUUGAGAAAAGGAAAGAAAAAACAAUGAAAGAUCAGAAUAUUAUAUAUGGCAUUAGUACUGAUAAAUCAAUUGGAGAGAAGUCAAACAAAGAUCGAAAUACAGUCAUUGAAGAAAAUAGAUCAUUGAUAGAAAAACCAAAGAAAAUGAGUUUAUAUGAAAGUCAUGUAGAUGGAUAUUUAAAUAAAAUAAAUUCUGGUAACUUACAAAAUACAGUGGGCGUCAAAAUGAUAAAACCUAGAGACAACCAGGAUGUCCCAAAGUCUCUUAAAUUUGUGGAGUAUUUGCAACCUACUGAAAAAGUUAUUACUAAUAUUGGCAGAUUUAGAGUUGAAACAGAAAGUCCAAAGGUCAAGAGUUCAAGUCCAAGUUGUCAUGGCUUUUUGUCACUUGUUAAAAGAAGAUCCAACUAUUACAAAGAGAAUUUAGGCUUGAAUAUGAACAAUAGUGCAAAAAGUCCUUUAGAUUUUGGCGAAUCUGAUGAAAAUCCCGUCAAAAAAUCUUCGUCAGCUGAUAAUCAAAUAUCAAGUCUCACAGAGCCCAUUGCUGAGUGCUCUCUAGGUCCAUCUGCCAGAGACAAUCAGAAAGAUGUAAAUAAGGCAGGGUGUAGUGAAACCAACAUGAUAGAAACAUCAAAACUAAGCCCAUACAGUCGGUAUAAAGCCUUGCUGAAACCUAAUCUGGAAAAAAAUAGUUCACUGAAACAAAAGCCAGAAGGCAGUAAAGUGAGCAGUGCAAAGAAAAGAGGAAUUUUAAGAGAGUCUCCAUCAAAAGAGAAGAAAAAUGUAACAUUUUCAGAGGACAUUGUUCAAGUAAAGCAUCUUACUCCUGAGUUUAAUAUCUCGGGAGACCAGUGCCUUUAUUCAGAUGAUGAUGCGGACACUAUUGAACUGAUUUCUUCACAGGAAGACUGUUCAGAGGAAAAACGACCAAGAUUGGUGUAAUUGACAGGCAAAAAACAAUUUAAUUUCUAAAUGUUGGGAAAAUGAUCUUAUAAUAAUAAUGUCAUGGACAGUCAUUCAAAAUACUUGACAUUGAGGAAAUCAAAAUUUUAUUUGCUAUAUUGAAAAGUAAAUUAUUUAUUUGACAAAGGCCUUUUUUCUUCUUGAGCAAUUAAAUUAUUUGACCUUAUGAAGAACAUUCUAAUUAUGCCACUGGACUUAACCAGUUUGUGUUCCUUUUACCUCGACCUCAUUUCCUUGUGUUGUUCUUCACUGAUAAGUUUUACCUUGAUUUCAAAGACUUAAAGCAUAAAUUUCAGUAAUAAAAGUAAAACUAGUGAAAUUUCAGCAUGUCUAUUCCUGUCAAAAUUACAAGUACAAGAGCAUUUUUCUGUCAAGUUGAUAAUUUUGGGGGAUACUCUUUUAAAAUAAAAAUGCAGCUUAAGAAACAUUUUUUUAUACUUCAGCAUGAAUUUAAACUCAAGCAAAAAGAUUUUUAAGGUAGUAAAGUUAAGAGGUUCAUACAGUAUUGAUUUGAUUGUGAUUAUAAAUGGAAGUGACAUAUAAUGAUUACUUAGUUUCAAAAUGGCUUUACCUAGUUACCAUCAGAUGUCUUAAAGAUCAUUCUGUUGUUGAUGUUUUGCUGAUGUGUAAUUCCAUGAACUUUUACCUCUCUGCAAUUAAUUGACCUAUCCCUCAUCAAUAUUUUGACGAUCUGCAGAAAAAUCUAGUCAUUGGGAUAAAGUCAACACUUUUGGCGAAUCUUUUUAAACUUUUGAUGAAGUUUUUCAUUCAAACCUCAAAUGAAUUCAGUAAUCAGAGAAAAAAAAUGAAACACCAGGACCAUUUUUUUUAGCCAUGAUCGAUCGAUAUGUCAUGAUAUUUCAAUGCUCGUAUUCCAUGUGAGACAAUGUUGUUCUCUUAAAUCAAAAUCAAAAAAUAUCUUACCUAAAAGUAAACAGAGAAAUCUAUGUGUUACAGGUCAAAAUAUAUAUAAAUAUAUGAGUUCUUCUCCUUCCUUGGGGGGAAUGUCGUAUAUGUACUUGUUUUCUAAAGGUUCUUUCAAUUUUUAACAUUUGUAAUUUGUUUUAUUAUUAUUGUUAAAUGUGUUGUUUAUUGUUUUGUUGGCAGUUUUUCUGAAAUAAAAUAUAUAACAGAUA